CCUGUGAAUGCAGGCCGGAGGCGGGGCAGGUUUUUGAUGUGAAAUGAGCCAUGUAUGGUGUUACCGUCUUAUCAACAAGAACUGGAUCGUACUAGUUUAUACUCUACUUCGUUCUUCUACAGAGCCGUGUUGUCGUCUGCCGUAUGAUCUACACAAAAUUUGCUGAGCAAAUCUGAUUACAGCAGUGAUGUCAGAAAACGUGCCCGACGUCGACAAUCACGAUGUUCCUGCAGUACCGGACCCAGACGCUAGAGGCGCGGCUGAGAAUUCCCAAUCAGGUGUAAACAAUAUGACUGACGUUCCUCUAGAUAACGGCGCUAUCCGACCUCCUCGAUAUGAAUACCUUGAUGAAGAGUGCCAUGAUAAGUUUCCUGAAGUGAUCAACCUGAAUGUAGGAGGCGUACACUUCACCACUCUGCUGUCCACACUGCGGUCCCAGAAGGACUCCAUGCUUGCCGGCAUGUUCUCUGGUCGGCACAAGAUCCAGAGGGACGAGGAUGGGCGCUAUUUUAUUGAUCGGGACGGGGCGUUGUUUACAUACAUUUUGGCCUGGUUGCGGACGGAACAGAUGCCACCUCGUGCUGCCGCCAGGCGGCUCUACAGCGAAGCGCAGCACUACGGGCUUCUCACUCUGAUGGCAACUCUACAGAACGUCCAGCCUGUGGCCAGUGAUGUCGUGAAGACCCAGUUUGUAUCUAAGGUGCCGAACUAUAAGGAGCUGCUAGAACAGAUCAUCAUAGUGGGCAGGGAGCGGGCCAAACUGGACAUGAGGAGACAGUCGCGCGUCCUCGUCACCUUCCACUAUCUAAACGAUGGUCCACAAGUAAAGGUGCACAUGAUUUGCGAGCUGGCUCGACACGACGUCGGGUUUUUGGAUCUCCCUCAAACCCUGGACGUCGCUACUCUACUUAGCAGUAUAGAAUUUGACUUGGUCAAAGAAAGGGGCUUCAAUCUGACCACCACGCUUAUAGAUACCUGCAAGGGGAUUGGCUACAUAUGCGGGUUCAAGUACGACUUCACAUUCACGUGGUGGUGAAAAACGUCGCCAUUUUGGUGAACUUCCAUGUUCAACCGCUAGGCGAUGGUUUAAAUUAUAUUACCCAAGAUGCCUUUCAAAUAACAUGCAAAUACUAAAGCUUUUAAAGUACUUACGGCAGAAGUCUGUCCUCAACGAACCAAGCGGUUUUACUAUUUUAUUCCAAGCAUUUUUAAUUGUAGCUUUCUAGCUAUUUCAAUGACUGACCUUAAGCAAAUGAAAGUCAUGUUCAAAACAUCUUAAUGAUGGCAACAUCAACACUGAUUAGCAAAAGUAUAUAAUAAGUAUUGAUGGGGUAAGGGUCGUGAAUGCUUUGUAAAAAUGAUACGUGGACGAGAGACUCUUGUGCUUUGCUCAGUGAUUUCGGUAAAGGAAAGGGAAGAGUCAAACUCUAGCCAAGAAAAGAAGUUAUUUUACCUGAAUGAAUAUACAAUGGAGAUGUUUUACUUAUAUCAAAGUCUAUUGCUGCUAAUUAUAUAUCACAGUACAGUGUGUGUCUUCCAAAGUGACUUGUUGC